AUGAAGAAGAGAAGUUGGUCUACUGUUCAUUUGGCGAAAAAUAAUCUUGGUGGCCUGAAACAUCGUGCAGUAAAGGCAAAGCGUGUCGAGCAUUAUGCAAAUCGGGAUCGACCUAAACGAUGCCUUGCAUGUGAUGUUGUGAUUUGGCAAAUUGUCCUAAAGAAGCCAUCGAGAAAGAUUCAUUCUACGUAAGUGCACGUCGAAAAUAUGAGGAAGACGAUCCAGGUAUAGGUUUACUUCUGAUUUUAUGAGUGAAUGAGAAGUUUUUAAUGAGGUUAGUGUUCAUUUUACGUUGCAUAAAACGUUGGUAAUUUAUUCUAUAGACUUAUAUUUUAUUUAAGAAUGGUUUACAUCAAAUCCUGUGGGGCAUAACGUACUUGGACAGUCAGUUCGAAAUCUGUGUAAAAAAGUAAUCAUAGUUUAAGAACAACUACAGUCACUCGCGGCUUGGAGAAAGGUGCUCCAGAAAAGUUAAUCAUGGCUCGCACUGGACAUAGAGAUCGUAGGUCGUUGUUAACGUAUCGAAUUAGACCAGAUGUGUCGACCAAGCAGGCCGUUUCAAAGUCGUUUGAAUGUGGAGGCCCUUCGUUUGUCGAUUUAACUAGAGAUGGAGUGAAUUAG